GAAAAUCUCCAAUAGAAAGACGAAGAUUUAUGGCGUGAAAACGAUGGUGCAGAGAUUUUAAGCACUGCACAGACGAAUCUUUCGGGAAUUCAAGAUGGCCAAUGUUAUCAAGAGCUCAGACAAUCGCACGAUGAACUUCUCAAGAGUGUGAAUCUCUCUAUUUGGUCUGAAAAGAUGACAUAAAUCCAGCUCUGCAAUAUGUUCAUUCAGUUAUGUUUUGACUGCAGAUGUUGAUUUAUUUGACACCACCCUAUUGUUAUGCUGUGACAGUAGUCUACACAACCAAUCAUAUUAUCUGCCAAGGCCAAGAUGAUCAGAAUACUGCACGUUGGCCAUCUCGAUCAUUAGCGCAUACGAACGAAACCAACGCAAACUCUUCACUUUUAGGAAUUCGAGGAUCUGUCCAAUAUCACGAUCAGAGCAAUAAUAUCUCGCCUUCGAAUGCUGGCUACGUGGCCCUGUUGGUUUUGGUAACCUUGGUGAUGAGUGUCACUCUUCUCUUCAUCUUUUAUCUUAGUACAACAAUUCAAAGUGAUACAAACAGAGAUGGGGAUUCUCGUCUGUCAACAGUUCGAAGUCCCACAUUGUUGAAUUACAAACUUAGAGCGCUCAAAAGAAAGCAAUCUUUAGAAGAAGAGUUAGCUCCAGUGCUGCAACUGAAAAAAGAUGACAUCAUUGUCCCGCUAGCUGAACCAAGAACAAACCAAUCGUCUGAACUCUAGUUUUGGUUUUUACUUUCAACUGAUUUCGACACAACAUUUUCUAAAUUUUAAUUCGUAUUUAAAUUUUACAUUUUUAAAAAGACUUUUUACAUAACUGCACAUACGUACAUCUAAAUCUAGUUUAUUCGCUUAGAUAUUUUUCGACUAGAUGUUUUCAAUAGAAAUACCAAUAAGACAAGUUAUUCUACAAGUCAUUGACCAGUUAAACAACAACGGCCUGAGUGACUUUAGUGUGUAGCCUAUGUCUGCAACUACAGUCGGUAAUAAUGUAAACCUGGAAUAAAAGCCUUAUAAUCGCA